AUGGAAAUCGAUUAUACUUCACUAAAAGUGACUACACUGGAAGCAUUGGCGGCUGAGAGUGAAACAACUAGCGAAACUGAUGGCGAGGAGGCUAAAAACCAGAUAGUCGAACGCUUCCUGCGCCAUGUGGCUAAAUUGACGGCAGAGAUGGAGCCAUUACGGGCGUGGUCGUCCACCUUCACCGUUUCAAAGAAACCCGAUCAGGUGCGGAAGAUGAUCAGCGUCUGUCAGGAAAAGCUGCUACAAAUCAAAGAUCAAGAGGCGAAAGUGAAUCGUCUACAAUUGGAAUUGGAACACAUGCAUCUCAGUUCAGAUCUCUCGGCGGCACAGAUGAAAAAAGCUAAUGACGCUUUCGAGAAAUUCGCUAAGGCAGGUUUUGAUUGUUUUGAAUUUCUGAUUCAGAUGGAUUAUUGGAAACUUAUGUCAACAUACGGUUGGGCCCGAAUUGUGACAAAGAUCAGCGAGGCAAUGAACGUGUUGACCGGACAUGACGAAACUGAUGAGGAGGCGUUGGUGGCCAAAGGAAUCGAGCAGUGGAUUGAGAGGCUAGUCUUGUCCGAGCUGAUAAAGUUGACUAGAGAGGACCGUACUAAACGGUUGCUGAAAUUACACCAACAACUCCAAAUUCAGGACAACAAUUUAUCUUUUAUCGAGAAAGAUCCGUUGAAAAAAGCGAUCCUGAAAAAAGGAUUGGACAUUGUCCGAAAACGAAUGAGCACUAUGUCGGAGGCGACGUGGACUCGCUCGACAAAGAGGUGCAACGAGCCUGAGCGAGCAGUGGAGACGGCUCGCAACGCAAACAUGAGCAGUGAGACCGUGGAAAAAGCUGAGACGAGAAAAGCCGAAAUGAAAGAGCGACGGCGUGCCACCGCCGCUGCGUUGGAUAAGAUGAAAGCGGCCGAGGAUGGGCUGAAUAGUAUCGCAUCGUCGUUAGAGGCGACAAGCAGCAGCGACAUAUCGCUGAGCGGUGCGAUUAUCGAACUGCGGAAGUCACGUGAUCGUUUGGCCUCGAACUGCGGAAGUCACGUCCUGACAGCAACGCGUAAUCGUAUUCGUAAGUUGGGUGAGCAAUGGCACGAGUUGGAGAACGUGAUUGAGGAUCAUUUAAGUUGUGCCCGGAAGGAACAUCGACGAUCCGUAAUAGUGAGAAUGUCAGCUAAAGUAGCAAGAGUACUUUGUUGCAAGUCGAUGACGUCAAAGAAACAGCUGUCCUUGAACGAGGAGAAGCGUUGUUCCCUCGUCGAUAACAACGACGAGGAACGACUACUGGAACAGCUGGAAAAACGCCUAGCUGAUAGUGAACGUGCCUCGGACGCUGAGGAAUGUUGCGAGCAUCUUGAUAAUCUCGAGAAUCUUCUGGAGAAGAUCAGCUCAUCGUUGGAAGUCGACGAAGAGACGACAUCAAUGGACGAGUCAUUCGUGCGCGAAUCGUACGCGCGACUGAACGAGUCGCGGCGACGGCUAGCCGAUGCGACACGCGAACGCAUCGCGGAAUUGUCGCGUGCUGUGGCCGACUGUGAACGAUUUGAGAAACAAAUGGCCGACAUGCAACAAUGGUCGUCACAUGUGUCAUCGCUUCUCGAUCUCAGGAAAUCUGGUGACGUCUCCGCGCUCGACGUACCCGAUGAGUACAAGGAACUAGCAAAGGAAUUCUCCACAUGGUCAAAGACUCUCGACGAUAUCGGGGUGUGGCUUCAGGAAGGUGAACGCCAAAACAACGAACGAUUCCACGAUCAAUUCGCUCAUGCCAAGAAUACAUUUUCGGAGUUGAGCCAAAAAUUCGCCGAUUUCAAACAUCCGAAAUCAUUUGUGGAAAAGCUUGAACGAACCGUUCACAAACUCGACGACAUUGAGAACGCUCUGGAUGACAUGACAGGUAUCGAAGCAAUUUUCUGCUCGGAAUCAUUGGAUGAGGCCCGAUGCUUGGUGAAGAAACUUAUAACGCUGGAAGAAGACGUCCGCAGUUUGGAAAAAGGCAAAGAACAAUUAAUUCAGGAAGGAAUAUUCGACAAGGAGUCCGCUGCACCGUUUACAGAGAAGAUCCGAUUGUGCAAAAAGAAAACGAAAGAACUCGGACUGAGAGCCGAAGAUGCUGUGGAACGUCUCGACGAUUGCGUGGAGAUGUAUGGUAAGCUGCUGAAAGAGUCAGAGGCAGUGGAAGAGUUUUUGGAUCAGCUCGAGUAUCGCCUCGACAAAUAUGCAUCGGAAGACAAACUCGCUAAGAAUCUAGAGGAAUUAGAACGUCUCCUUCGUGAGAAUGCUGUGAAAAUCAGUGAGAGCGUCUGUGUAGAAAAGAGACGUCGAGCUGACGCGCUCAAAAUGCGGCUGGACGGCUGGAGCAGGACGGUGCAGGAAAUGAAUAAUGACGAGGAUACACUGCUUAUGCAAGUCGAUGAGCUUCAUGACUAUUUGGUGAAUGAGCUUGAUAAAGUCAAAGAUAAGGAACCAGAGGAGAUCGCCAGCUCGUUGCGAUUUCUACGCGGCGAUCGUGAUCGACUGUCAUCGCGCGCGCGUAAACUUGCCGCAAUCAAUCCGCGAAUGGCGAACGCGAAUCUGUGCGGCGAUGUGACGGAGCGUUGGCAGCAGCUCGAGUCUAAACUACACGCGCCACCGACCGCACCGCAGGCGAUGCUCGACAGUACCGAGUUGAAUGUCGAUUUGCCGUUCCAUGAAAAG